AUGGCCAACACUGGGUCACACAAUUGCACCAGUCAGGCCAAUCCUCCUGUAUCAUCUGGCCAACGGUCAACACCACCGAUGGGGCAUGGCGCAUCUACGGCUGCUUUAGUUUCACACCCGUCAGUUGCAGUCUCCAGUUUGACCGCAAUCACUCCUCUACUGGUGUCCAAUUUGAUCCCGUCUGAUGUGCGGAAGCCAUCGGAGGUAACUAUUUCAUCGUGGCCCUCAACAACACCAGUUUCGGUCACAACGUUGUUGCCAAAGAUGGCGACGUCUUCCAUCGCCGGUUCUAUCCCACCUGCUCCACUAUACACGCAUCGUGGUACGAGCUCGGGUCUAGGACUUAUGGGUAAUGCCGGUGCCAUGCGUCGCAGUCUCGACAAUUCCGUUGCAACUGUAGUUCCCAAUCCUGCUGUUGCACUAGCACAAAAUACUACACAACUGGUGAGUAUGUUCAAUGUGAUCGUGCAUAUUCAAUCUUCCUUUUUGUUCGUUCCACAGCCUUCUGAAAAAAUGUANGCAAAUAGGCCUAUGUGCUGCAACUUCUCGGGAUCAUUGAAGAACCUGAAGAAAAGAAAAGGACGUAAGAGAAAUGACAAUCUGUUGUGUUGUGUAGCUUGUGGGUGA